GCUGUGUGUUGUGUGCAUUACAGAGACAGAGGAGGGAGGGAGGAAACGCUGUCCGCCCAGCAGAGAGAUCUCAGGGAGGCGAGCUGUGCACAUCAGCCGGCCCUUCUGCAAGCAGCACUCCCGGGGACCCACACACAGAUCCCCUCCUUUACGGUUCAUUGAUGUGAAUAAACCUACUGAAAUCACAAGAGGGUCCAAAUUGAGUGACGCAAAAUGACCGAUGUCCCGAUCGAUAAAUCGAAUCUUCCUCGGGUCAACGAAGUUUGCCGUGACUUUGCAGUACUUGAAGACGGAGCUCUGGCUCACUGUUUGCAGGAGCAGGAAAUUGAACAACAUUACGCCUCUAAUAUUCGAAAAAAUAAGCUUGUUCAGAAAGAUAUUCGCAUUGCCAAAAAACUCCAGGAUGAAGAGGAUCUACAGUGCAAAGCGUUCAGCCUAGAGAAGCAGAAGCAGAUUGAGGAGCAGGACUCAGAGUAUGCCCGUGCCAUACAAGAAGAGCUACAGAGGAAAGCUUUGGAAUGUUUGCAGAGAGAAGAGGAGGACAAGGAAAUCGCAAAAAGGUUGCAACAACUGGAAGAGGAGGAGCUACAAAAGAAGAAACAAGACUGGUCACGGGGAGAACACAGUGAUCUCCAGAACCAACCGCAAUACGUGAAUCCUUUGGCGAAUGAAGAAGAGGAAGAGUUUCUCUUCCGAAGCGAUAGUAAAAAAAGUAUAAGUACACCAGAUUACAGACGCACACAGUGGAGUUCUGAGCGAGAUCAUAGCUUGAAACAUUCUGAGGAACAACUCGUCAGAAUGAAUUCUGCUCACAAGGCCAGUGCCAACAGAGUGUCCUUUGGCCAAAUCCAUUAUGAGAGUAACAGUUCUAAAAAUGGUAAAACUGAUGUUUGGAAAGAACCCAGUCGUAGAGAACUGGUGCAGGUUCCUUACCGUAAUCCUAGAAACUCCCUGGAGACAAGCCCAUCAAGUCCCAUCUGCUCGGAGGUAAAACUUGGCCACGAUAGAGAGUUAAGUCGGAAGGAGGAGAAGAUUAGGGUGCCACGUGAAAAACACUGUAAACAUUAUUCUGAGAAGUGCAGGCGGUCUAGCUCGGAUAGUGAUGACUGUACUGAUCAAUGUGUCAGGGACAAGAGAAGUCGGCAUUCACAGUGGCAUCAAAGUAGAGACCAUCGUCCUCAUCGAUCAUUGAAUAACCCUCCCUCUAGGAUUCCAAGUCACAUUUUGAGAUCAGAUGAAGAACCCAAACCAAGCUUUGAUAUCGAUCCAUUAGAUUGGAAAAUGGCAGAAUUACAUGUUCGAAAUUCAGAUCAACUUAUACAAGAUGAAGAACUAGCCCGACAGUUGCAGGAAGAAGAGGAGAAGCGCUUAGCAAAAUUGAAGCACAGGGAAAAUCCCGAAGACUUCCGGGCUGCACAGGUUGCGCAAGAUGAGGAGAUUGCCAAGUACAUUCAACAACAGGAGCUGAAAGCUCACAGGCGAUCCGAAGACCUUGAACUUCGAGAGAGUGACGAUGACGGUAGUAUUUGUAGCUUUUCUGAAAGGAGGAACCUGGGAAUUAAGAAUGAAGUGCCUUCUAGUAACCAAGGAAGAUUGGACUCCGAAGGUCUGGCCACACCAACUGAAUGUCGCACUCCUGAAAGAAUGGACCAUUCAACAGCAGAAGGAACUAUUGAGCAGGCCAGGCUUAGGUCACCGAGGAAUAUUGCCGAAGAACUUGACCCAACUUUUAAAUCCAAAAAGGAACCCAGCAAUGAAGUGUUUGCAGUUUAUUCGCAGGAAUUUCCUGUUCCUAGCCAGACCCAGGCAUUGCCUGUUGAUGGCUUCUAUGAACUGAUGGAUGAUGGAGCUGAGCCAAUAUUUAUACCACCGACAAAACGUCAGUCAGAGAAACUGGGACGCAGUAAACCAAAAGACAAAAAAGAAGGAUGUAAGCAACAGUGACUCUGGAUCUCUUUUUCUAGCCAUCAUCCUAUUGCCAAACUUUGUGUUCAGUGUCAAGUCAACGUUGUGGACCUAUUCAGUGUUCAUCAACACAAGUGGAAUUAAUUCAUUCAGGGAUGAAGAAGAUAAUCUGAUUUUUGCAUUCAGGUGCCUUAGGCAUUUUUGGACUACAGAAAGUGGCUGUUUUAUACCUUUGAGUCUCAGAAGGUGGCGCCAAGCAAUGCACUGCUGACGUUUACUCUUCGGCACACAAGCGGUUAACAUGGAGCCAGAUCAUGACCUCAGUUUGGCGAUAAAGAAGCACAUAUUAGUAACAAAAUGUCCCCUCCCCUAGAGGAUUCAUAUUAUUACUCUUAAUAAAUUUAUUAGUGUGUUUAAAAAAUAAUGGUGUAUGAGAAAGGAUUCAUCGUGACUUGUGUAUUUGAUCCAUCCUGUAAAUGAGUUUUCUGCUUCAAAAUUCAUAAAUCUUGAGAAAGGAAAAUAUUUACAUACAGAUCAUUAGAAAUAAUUUUUUGUAAUGUUAUUCCCAUAAAGUAUUAUUUGAAAUUGCUUACCCACUUUCUUGGUCUCUAUAAUAUCGGAUUGUCCUCAUUAUGUGUUUCUUUAAAUUGCGAGAAAAAAAAAAAGCAGUGUUUGAGUACAAUAUUUUUUAAACAUUUUGC